UUUUGCAAUCGAUCGAUUGGAAUUCGCUUCGUACACAGAUCACUCGAGAACCGUGCCCAAUUAAAUAAAUGUGACCUCAGUCUUACUCCAAAGACCUUCGUACCAGUCGCAAAUUUACAACCAACUCAUCACCAUGAAGUUCUGCUGGGCUUUACUGACCAUGUGUUUCAUUGCCGUGACCUUUAGUGGGUCCACGGAGGGGAAAAUGUCUCAAGAACAGAUCGACCUUGUGCGACAGCUCCCAGUAAAAAAAGAAUUUCAGGAUGAUCUAAUUCAGCAUUACGACCUCGCACGUGACUGGUUGCUGGACUUGACCUUGUCGCAACCCAGGGCGGGUCGUGCAUCCGUCCCGUGUCUCGCUUGCCGCGUGGUGAUGAACGUUUAUAUGGAAUUAAUGCGAGCAACUGACAGCAUUGGGGCCAUAAUCGCGAUAUUAAAACUUAUCGGUUGUUUUGCUGCGGACGUUAUCAAUGUCCUUCAUCCAGACGUUUGCACCGGAGCGUUGGACAUGUACGCGGACGAUCUCCAUUACAUCAUCGACAAUAACCCCGCCCUCAAAGCGAUCGAUGUGUGCACCAUUCUUCUCGGAAAAUCUGGAGAAGAUUGUGAGGGUAAUAGAACUGAAGAAUUCUUCAACUGGACAACAACCCUGAAAGACGGAAAACCAGCCAUUGUUGAACUCGCUCCCGUCCCGGAAUCCGCCGUCCCGGUCAAGAUCCUCCAACUGACCGAUAUCCAUCUCGACCUUGACUAUGCAGUUGGGAAGGAUACAGAUUGUGGAAAACCUAUGUGCUGCCAAACCUGGGAGGCAGAUGGGGUCGACGCCAACGGAACGAGUGCCGGACCGCAUGGCGAUUUCAAGUGCGACAUGCCAAUCUCCGCGAUGAAUGAGCUGUUCGAAUAUUCCGCGGCGCUCCCAGGCUAUAACUACGACUUCGUCAUGAUGACCGGUGACAUACCCCCGCACAACAUUUGGAACACGACCCUUCUCGGUAACCUGGAACAUUACAAGCGAACCAACGACCGGCUCCUCAAACUCUUCCCGACCGACCGAUCCGUCCCGAUUUACCCCGUCCUUGGCAACCACGAACCCCACCCGUGCAACCUCUACCCACCCCGGUCCGUCUGGAACGAAUCCAACUUCGACAAGUCCUGGAUGUACAACGCUUUCGCUGAUGCCUACGCCGACCAAAUCAAGGACCCCGUCGCGCUCGCCCAAUUCCGCCAAACCGGCUACUACACCAUAAAACAUAAAGAUACCAAUUUACGCAUCAUCGCUAUCAACACGAACUUUGGCUACACCCUAAAUUUCUGGCUGUUUUACCACCUGCCCGACGCCGAAGGUCAACUUCAAUGGUUGUCCAACACCCUCGAAGCUGCUGAAGCGAGUAACGAAAAGGUCUUCAUUCUCGGCCACAUGCCGCCCGGCUCGAGCGACUGUUGGUCCACGUGGAGCGCGCAGUUUGAAAGGAUCAUUGUCCGGUAUGAGGCCACAAUUAUGGCGCAAUUUUACGGUCACACGCAUAACGACGCGGUCCAGAUUUUUUACGAUUCCUCCGAAAAACCGCCCCGUCCAGCGAAUUCUUUAUACAUCGGAGCCUCCACGACCGCCCUGACCAAUCUGAAUCCCGGGUUUAAAGUGUACUAUGCCGACGGGGGGAGAGGGGCUGAUUCCACGUGGGAAAUUAUGGACCACGAGACCUGGAUUUACAACUUGACCGAGGCCAACACCAAUGUCGAGCCGAAUGGGCCGAUGCCUUGGAAGAAAAUGUACUCGGCGAAGGAGGCGUUUAACAUGACGUCCUUCAGACCGAAGGAUUUCGACGGUUUGGCGAAAAGGAUGUUGUUUGAUGAUAAGCUUUUUGCGAUGUAUCACAGAUUUUACCACAAAGAUUCCGAUGCCCGGAGCCCCUGUUACACUGUGAGUUGUAAGUUGGACUACAUCUGCGACAUGGUGAUCGCAAAUACGGGAGAUUAUUCUCACUGUGACCGAUUCCGGGAGAUUUAUGACAUUGGGGAACCAACAACGCCUCGCUCGGAUGGAGGAGGACAAAUUUUGGGGGCGUCCUUCCUCCUCGUUAUCGUCGGUGCAGUAGUCAAGCUGAUUUUGGAUUAAGUUUAAAUGACUUAUUCGUAAUAUUUACCUGUUAACUUUACCUAUUCGAUCCAAAUUACCUGGAGAGAUAUUAAAUGUUCACUUAAUAAAAUUAAAGACAAUUAUUAACAUGCGGGUAGCGUCACAUGUAUGUAUUUACCACGUGGUAGCGGCCUUGCUACCGGUUUUUUUAGAGUGUAAUAAAUCAAAUUUACCAAUUUCUUCCCAAAGCUA